AUGGUUGAUGCAGCUCUAAUAAGUGGUUUGCUUUCAAAUUUGGCACCUCUAAGUAACAAUAAAUUCUCGUUGUUUUGGAAUUUCAAGAAGGAGGUUCAUAACCUAUCGAGCACACUAUCUGCAAUUAAUGCUGUACUCAAAGAUGCUGAGAGAAAGACGGUGCGGGAGAAGGACGAACAAACAGAAGAUUGGUUGCGAAAACUUAAAGAUGUAUUGUAUGAAGUUCGGGACAUCAUGGAUGAAUGCAGCUUUAAAGAUCUUCGUCUUCAAGUCAAAAGUCUUAAUGCCUCCUCUUCAACACGGAUCCAGGUAAUCAACUCAAUAACCCAACCUUUUAGCAAUACUUGGACGCAUUUAAAAGUUGGUCACAAAAUUAAGGAUGUUCAAGAGAAACUAGACCAAAUUUCUUCAGAGCGCCAAAACUUACAUUUGCGUGAAUCUAUUCAUGAAUCAAAAAUAGACAAGUUUACUAGUAGUUGGCGCGAAACCAUGUCUCUUUCGAGUACUAAUAAUCAAAUAUAUGGGAGAGAUAAGGAGAAGAAAGAGAUAAUUGAUAUUCUACUCAAUAAUACAUUGAGUGUUAGUGUUGCCAAAACGAUAUCUGUUCUUCCAAUUGUUGGGAUUGGGGGUCUAGGUAAAACAACACUUGCCCAAAUGGUCUUCAACGAUGACCAGGUUUCUAACCAUUUUGAUCCCAAAAUCUGGGUUUGUGUUUCUGAUGAAUUUGAUAUUAAGUUGGUGAUAAAAGCAAUCAUAGGAUCAAAUAAUGAAACUUCUUUGGAGAAAUUGCAGAAAAUUAUUCAAGAUCAAUUGAGAGGGAAAAGGUAUUUGAUUGUAUUGGAUGAUGUUUGGAAUGAAGAUAGAGAUGAAUGGAAUAAGUUGAGUUCUAUAUUAGAUUGUGGAUCAAAUGGUGCGUUCGUUCUUACCACGACACGUAAAAAAAGUGUGGCCAAAAUCAUGAAAACAAUUCCACAUUUUGAAUUAUCGUCGCUAUCUGAAAAUGAUUGUUGGUUAUUAUUUGAAGAACGUGCAUUUGAGCAUGGAAAACCAAAACCUCCCAACUUCAUUAAUAUUGGUAAAGAAAUAGCUAGAAAAUGUAAGGGUGUUCCAUUAGUUGCCAAGAUGUUGGGAAGUCAAUUGGGGUUCAGUGAGGACGACGAAAAGGAAUGGUGUAGAAUAAGAGAUAGGGAGAUAUGGGAGAUAUCUCAAAAUGAAAAAUAUGAUAUCUUGCCUAUUCUAAGGUUGAGUUACUAUGACCUCACUUAUCAUUUGAGAAGAUGCUUUGUGUUUUGUGCCAUAUUUCCCAAGGAUACUGAAAUUGAGAAGGAUAAAUUAAUCCAAUUGUGGAUGGCUCAUGGUUUAAUACCUACCAUUCAAAAUCAAGAAGUUGAAGAUGUUGGGAAUACAAUUUGGAAAGAAUUGUUUUGGAGAUCUUUUUUUCAAGAUGAAAAAAAGAACAAAAAUUGGGAUGAUAUAGUUUAUACAACAUGUAAGAUGCACGAUUUUAUGCAUGAUCUUGCCCAAUCUAUUAUGAAAGAUGAAUCUUAUACAAUGAAUGAUAACAUCUCUAGAAGUGAUGGUUUUGGACGAAAUAUUCGCCAUCUAACAGUAAUGGUUGAUCAGUUAGACAAUACAUCAAUUUGUUCUCUUAAGAAAAUUGGAGGGUUACAAUCAAUAACGCUCCAUGACAGAGAUGGUGGAAAUGUCAAAAAGGAGAUUUUGAGUUUCUUGAAGGAACUUCCGUCUUUACGCGUCCUUGAAGUAAGACGUUGUGUGCAAUAUGAAGAUUUGUGUUAUGUGGGAUGUCUAAAACAUCUUAGAUAUCUAGACAUUUCCUAUAGUCAUAUGACAGCAUUGCCUAAUAGUAUUUAUGAUCUCUUGAACUUACAAACUCUAAAACUCAAUUAUUGUUAUGAGCUUAAAAGUUUGCCUAGCGAUAUGAGGGACCUUAUUAACUUGAGACAUCUUUAUUUGGAGGGUUGUAAUGGAUUAAAUUAUAUGCCUAGAGGGAUGGGACAAUUGAAACAUCUGAAGACAUUAAGCUUCCUUGUGAUAGGCAAGAAGGAGAGAGACUGUCAAUUAGAUGAAAUAAAAGAAUUGGAUAUUCGCGGAUCUUUGAAAAUUAAGAGCCUUGGAAGAGUUAGUGAUGCAUGUAUUGCAAGAGGGAUAAGUAUGGCUAAGAUGUCGAGUAUCAAUAAGUUGGACUUGGAAUGGAGAUCUAAAGAUGAAGUUGAUGAUAAUGAGACCAAGAGUACUAGGCAUGUUAAAAUUGGUGAAGCUCUAGAGAUUCCAACUUCAAGGCUAAAGAUACUAAAAAUGAGUGGUUAUAAAGGUGUGAAUUUCCCUAAAUUGAGGGAAUUGGUGUCUCCUACUAUUCCUAGUCCCCGAGCAUUCCCUAAUUUAUCGAAGAUUGAGAUAUCCGAUUGCCCAAAGCUAGGGGCCUUGCCACCACAUCUCAAAGCACUCAAACAUGUAACUGUUUCAGGUGAAUGUUCGGAUGAGUUGUUAUAUAGUAUCUCAAAUCUUACUUCUCUCACUCAUCUCUCUCUUAGUUUUAUGGAUGAAAGAAGUGUUUUAUUUCCAGCUUCUAAGGCAUUAAAGUCAUAUGGUUGGUCAACCCCUGUGCCCAAUAUUGAUGCACAAUUAGGAGUAUGCUCAACUUUUCAAUCUCUUCAAUCUUUGUCUAUUGUGGGGUGCGACAAGUUAAUGCAUUUGUUUGACAAGGGAAUGAUAAUGCAAGAGACAUUAAAGAUCAGUGCCUACCAGAAACAACAAAAGCAUCAUCAUCAUCGUCGUCUUCAAGGACAAACAGAAAGAAUAAGACUAAUGAACUCUCUCACGGAAUUGGAUAUUUACGAGUGUCCGGAGUUGAUGAUAUCAGUUGAGGAAUUUGGAAAACUCAAUAUUAAUAAUUCACUACGGAGAUUGACUAUCAGGGGUUGUCCUAAGUUGGUGUGCGAAGAAGAAGAAGACGAAGUUAUGGUACUCCUAGGUUCCCUUCGAGCAAGACUUGGACAUAAGAAGUUCACAGUAGAUAUUUUUGAGGGAGAGCAGAUUUGUGAUAACCUAAAGGAGUGGGUAGUGGAAUCAACACAAGAAAGUAGGUGUUCUAUUGGAAAAGAAAGACGAAGAGCAGAGAAUAGUGGCCAUAUAACCAAAUUUGAUGGGGAACACAUAGAUAAUGCAGCUUCUUCACUAAUCUUUUAUUCAUCUGGACAGGUGGCUUCACUUUUCAAUGUAAAUGGAAGCAGCCGUGUAUUCAAUGGAGGAGGGAAACAUGCACAACUUUUAGAUGCAAAUUCACAACAUUACGAUUCCACUCCAACACAUACUUCUUUAGUAUCCGUGCCAUCAUUGCAAACAUCUAAUGUAUUCACUAGUUCAGGGUCUUCUGUGGUUAUUGCUGUCAUUGGAGCUACCGCACUUGACUCUAUCGGGGCGUCGGGUGAGAUUCUAAUUGCUAUGAAUGAUAACGUAUUCGAGAAGAUGGAUGAUGAUGUUGGAAGAUUUUCAGAUAGCGUGUAA